AUGACCGAGGUCAAGAUCGAAGAAUCUCCAGAGAAACCCAAGGUCAUAAGUACAAGCAAAGGUUGGAGGGUGUCACAGGCAUGCGACCGAUGUCGUAUGAAAAAAGUCCGGUGUGAUGGCGGCACUCCUUGUACAAAAUGUUUGCGGAAUGGUCUUGAAUGUACUACUUCCGACAAGUUAUCCAGACAGGCGUUUCCCAAGGGAUACACUGUUAAUUUGGAAAGAAGAGUUAAGGAGCUCGAGCAGGAGAACCAAAAGUUGAAAGCGCUUGCCGGAAAUGCUCCGGAUGUAGAAGAGAAGGAGUAUUCUCAACCAGAACCAGAGCGUCAGGUCAAUGCAAAGCCAUUGCCUACUGUAGCCACAAUCCACAACAAUGACAACAACAAGACCAUUCAGAUCAAUAAUCCCAUUGAUCAAAUUUUCAAUUUGGACCAGAAGGGACUCAUCAUUGGAAACGAUAAUUUGAACUUUGAGUCCCAGUUCAAUCAUCUCCUCAUUAACCUUCAUCUUCCAUUUCUUAAGAUUACAAACUCCCACAAUUUUCUUGUCAAUGAUCCAGACUCAUACUUGUAUCAUCCAUCGUACUCGAUGUACAACAGCUUCCACAAUAAGGACUUGGAGCUACUAUUCAAUCCAUUGAGUGUCCGCGAACUGGGAUAUGGUCACAACGAAAGCCUCCCCUCAGAUGUUUACGAUUUAUUUAUUAAGCUCAUUAACAAUUUCAAGAAGUUGUUCAAUUCCAAGCGAGAGUUGGACAAUCAGGUAGCCCAAUUCUUCUUGAACUAUAACACCUUCAUUCCUGUGUUUGACUAUCACGAGUUCAUGCAAAACUACGAUGCAUUUCACACUAUGUAUCCAUUCAUGUUCACAUAUGACGACGCGACCAUCAAUGGGUUCAACCUUUCAACAAACGACUACAGUGUUGUCAACAAAUACUUGAUGGUGGUCAUUCAAUUGUACGCCAUGAUCCUGAUGAACGAUCCAUCGCUCAAUCUCAAUUUGCUAUUGAAUCACUCGACUCCCAACUAUACUUUCAACUUUCGGAAGGAAGCAAAUGAGUCCAUCAUACGUUCGCUCUAUGAUUUCCUCCCUUACCUCAAUGUGUUCCACGUAUCCAUGAGCCAGCUUCAAACCUAUCUUCUUUUUCUAUACUAUUCUCUUUUGACUAAUAACAAGGAAAAGUCUUUGCUUUUGUCUUCCCUUAUAAAUGCGCUCAUCGGAAUAAUGGGUGUCAAUUUGAACUCCAAAAACUUGUUCUUCAAUGACCUUAGCUUGACUUUAGAUCAACGCAGAAACAGAGUCAAGAUUUUUUGGGGUUUCAAAGUUCUACUCAAAUGUUUCAAUUUGAAGUUUGGCUUCAAGCCUACCAUCAACACAACUGUGAUCAAUCCUGUCACUAUUGAAAGAUACUUCAGAUUGACACCCGAGAAACUAUCUCAACUUAUUGAUCCAACAACAGAAGACAAAGUAGACCCUCUUUUCGAAACCCUUCUCAAGCCAAGUGUUGAAUUCCUCAAUCUCAUGAACAUCAUCAUCCCCUCUUCAUUCUCGCCCAACUACUACCAAUAUCUCAAGCAAGAUAGGAAUGAGGAAUCUCCCCAGGACGCUUCCAAGAAAGGCAGUAGUAGUCUCGAUUGGAUUCUUAAUGAUGAUGGCGGAGAUGGCAAUGAUGGUAAUUUGAAUUACAACUAUGCUCAGUUCUUAACUAUCGACAAGAAUUUGUCCAAUUGGAGAUAUGCUUUGAAGGAUAAAAUUGUCAAUACUGUCGCUUUACAUACGUCUAUGGACUUACCCAUUUUAUCCAACUUGGGAGACACUUCGUUGUAUCACCGUAUUUCAUUCGUUGGAGACGUUGACUUGGGAAAUUACGGUAUCACCGAGGAGGGAAAGCUUAAUUUCGCUAACAAGGGUUUACCAGAUGUUCAUACGGCAGUUCAGUUGAUUAAAAUUCAACUUAAUUUCCAUUAUCUUUUGAUCAGAUCCAUGAAUUAUUUGAACUUUGUCAAUGAGCGCGAGCUUACUCAUAACUACUAUGUCAAGAUUGCUAAUAUUUCCCGAGAGGUUUUGGCGUAUUUCAUUUUGAUUUUCAAACAUAUUGACAAUGGUACACUGCGCGUCACAAUGUCACUGCUGUUCGGGAACAACUUGUACACGGGUAAACUCGACCCACUGUCAACUGUUAUGUCUAGCGGGCUAGAUGUUGACGAUGACGGAAUUAUAGUCAACGACUUUUCCGCAAAGAGAAGAAGAUUACAAACACAACCUAAAGCGGUCAAGUUCCCAGGAAGAGAGGUACCUCUGUCGCCAUUUAAUUCAAUUCUCAAUGGCUUGUCGUUAACAAUCAUUAAUUUCAAGAAAUCGAUUGUUUUGCAGAUGUUGUUCUUACUCAUUUGCAAUUUGAAAAUUGCAAAACGUGGAGGUUUGAUGAGUGCCGAUACACGAAGAAUUCUUAAUGACAGUAUUGCCUUAUUUAUUGAGGUAUUCAUCAACUACCAGCCACUGGCAACAAGAAUCAUGAAAACGAAGCAUGUUCGUGAAGAUUUCUUGUUUACAAAAAUCAUAAACGAUGAACUUAAAGACGAUUUUUUGAAACCAAAGAGUAUAGACGAUGACUACGACGAGGAUAACGAGAUAGACUGGGACGACGAAGAUAUGGAUGAAGACCUCAAAUACUUGAAAAUCCUAAAGUACAUUAAGUACAAAACAAACGUUUUGUACGAGAAGGCUAGGGUGGUACCCAGCAGGGUCAAUGAUGGAGUCAGUGACACCAGUCUUGGUACGCCCAGCGCAUCCGUUAAGCCGGCAGAAAUUCCUGUUAUGCAGCAACAUAUGCAGCAAAACCAAUAUGGUCAUAAUUUGUCGCCGCCAAUGUUCCCACAGAUGGCGAGUCCAAUGUUUCCGGUUCCCAACAUGGCCAAACCCGGGUAUCACAACAAUUCAGAAGACGAGGAAGAGAAAUCCCGAAAAGCGAAAGGAGCAGACGGUCUUUUGCUGAUGAGAAACGACUUUAGUAAUUGGCAUUCGAGCUAA